AUGGAGGUCGGCGCUGGCCGCCGCCUAGCUCCCGCGGCGCCUGCGGGCGCCGGGGGGGAGGCGGACGCCUACGCCGCGCCGCACCGCCACUUCGGGGACUUCGCGUGCCAUCCUCCCGCCUCGCCGCCGGAGAAACACGGCAAGUUCUUGGAGGCCUUCGGCCAGGAGCAUAAGGCCGGACUUGGAAGCGCCAAGGCCCCCUUCUACCACCAAAUCCGUGAGAAAGGUGCCCUGAAGAGCCCGGACUACUCGGGCAUGGGCGGCGAGCGCUUGGACAAGCUGAAGGAGGCCGGCGGCUCGCUGCUCUGCGGCGACUCCAUCGCCGACUCCAUCGAUCUGUCGGGCAAGAACAAAAAGCGGCGCAACCGCACCACCUUCAGCACGUUCCAGCUGGAGGAGCUAGAGAAGGUCUUCCAGAAGACGCACUACCCGGAUGUCUACGCUCGCGAGCAGCUGGCCCUGAGGACGGAGCUCACGGAGGCCCGAGUCCAGGUUUGGUUUCAGAACCGUCGAGCCAAGUGGAGAAAGCGAGAACGCUACGGGAAGAUUCAGGAGGUCCGCAACCACUUCAGCACGACCUACGAUAUUUCCCUCCUCCCCCGCCAUGACGCCUACCAGGGCAACCUGUGGCCAGGGGCUUCAGGAGUCGUCGGAGGCACGUCGGCUCCCGGCUGCGUCCUCGGACCUGAAUCCUUUCCCUCCUCCUGCAUGGGUGCUUACGCUCACCCUCACACUGCGAAUGAAAGCCAAAGAGCCGGGCAGCAUUCUCUCGUGGCCGACAUGACGGCCAUGCUGCUUGAAAAGUCGUGA